GUAUUUGACAUCAUCAGAAUGGUUCAUUGAUUAUAAGAAAAAGUUCAUUUCCUUCCUUCUGUGAAGAAGGUAAGGACCUCAAUAUGAUAAAGGAAGGGAAUGUAACGUCCACCAAGCUCAAGGGUCACCAAGGGCCAGUAUUGUGCUUGGCGCACAGUGGCACAAAUACAAGCGGCGUCUCCACGGCGUCGCAAUCGUCCGCUGCUGCUUCAUUGCUUUCCGGAUCGGAAGACAGUACAUCUCGGGUGUGGGAUUUACGGAGUAAUUGCGUUCGCGCUUCGCUCUGCAUCAAGGCUCCUGGCGCAGUCCUGUCCGUUUCCUUUGGCCCGCGAUGGACCGACCCCUCGGACAGCAUUGCGCGUGAUGGUCCAUCGCAAGUUCGUCGAGACUACUCUGUUUUCUUGUCGGUAGGAAAUUCCGUUCUCGGAUAUGACUUGAGGUACGCCUCGUCCCCUGUCAUAGUGGAACCCUCUGUUGAUCUUUCCAACGUUCUGGAAUCGGCAGACGAAAUCAAUCAGAUUGCCUUUUCGCCACCCCGCCGUCAGCGUUCGCUACACCUAGCAGCAGCGGACGAUGCGGGUUGUGUUCGUGUAACGGACGCCUUUGCACUAUCUAGCACUAGCUCAAAAAACCAUCGAAUUUUGCAUCAUGGAAUAUCGGAGACGAACAUGGCAAUGGUUACUAGUGUUAACUUUCGACCACACUGCAAACAUCUCGAAUUGGCGUCGGGUGGAACGGACUGCACAGUCAAGCUAUGGGAUGUCAUGAAACCCAAGCACCCAAUAUCGUCUCAUCUAAUCGCCAACUCUGAUGCAGGUGCCAAUCAAGUAUGCAAUCCACCCAUGGUACAUACGAUGGCAUGGAGCCCAAGUGGCCGUUUGUUGGUCGCUGGUUUGGGUGACGGAAGCUGUUGUAUUUUCGGCGUCGAGAACCGAUCGCUAAUACCCGUUUCCCGCUUGGUUGACGCGCAUAGUGGGUCGAUUGCUUCGGUUUUAUUUCCCGCUUGGAGACAGGAUCAAGCACAUGUGGCGGCGAACGAUCGCCUUAUGGUCACCACGGGGAACGACGGUGAGAUUGCUUUUUGGGACCUUGGCGACAUGUUGUGUGCCGAGGGUGCUCUGAACCCUUUGGAUAUCUUGAAUCUAGGAGAAUCGACGCUGGAAAAUCUCUGUUUGUCGGAUCAACCAAAGGUUUUGUCUGCCAUUCCCCAUGGUCGAAAACCCAACUGGAUGGUAACAAGUUUACACGAUCCAAUAUUUCCAACUACUGUGUUCAUUGCCGAUACCUCCAACGAGAUCACAGCUUACCAAAUGCCUACCAGAUGA